AUGAGGUGGUCGACAUACAGCGGGUUGGCGGCGCUCUUCGCCGCCACCGCAGCAUGCUGGCCUUACGAUGAGAAGUUUCUUGAAUACAAUCUGAACACAAACAAGGACGCAACCGACCCCGCGGAAUAUUCGGGAGAAUGGCCAGGUCAUACCGGAAGCUAUUUUGCUUCCCCAGACAACUGGCGCUUCCCCUUCUAUACUCUUAUGAUCGAUCGCUUCGUCAAUGGCGACCCGACCAACGAUAAUAUCAAUGGCACAUUAUUCGAGCACGAUCUGAACUCAAAUCAAAUGCGCCAUGGCGGUGAUGUGGCAGGUCUAGUUGACACAUUGGACUACCUUCAAGGCAUGGGUAUCAAGGGUCUCUAUCUCGCCGGUACCUCUCUGAUGAACCAGCCUUGGGGCUUUGAUGGCUAUUCUGCCUUGGAUACAACAUUGUUGGAUCAACACUAUGGCACCAUUCAGAUUUGGCGGGAUGCGAUUACGGAGAUCCACAAGCGUGGCAUGUAUGUCGUCUUCGACAACACGAUAGCUACUAUGGGUGACUUGAUCGGUUUCGAAGGACAUCUCAACAGCACGACGCCAUUUUCCGAAAAGGAAUACAAGGUUCAGUGGAAAAGCGACCGUCACUACGUCGAUUUCGAUAUCGGAAACACUUACAAUGCUAGUUGUGAUUACCCUCGCUUCUGGUACGAGAACGGCUACCCGGUCAAUCAGUCUUUGACUGCAGGCCUUGUUGGUUGCUACGACAGUGAUUUCGAUCAGUACGGUGACAUUGAAGCUUUCGGUGUGUACCCUGAUUGGAAGCGUGAGCUCGCCAAGUUCGCCUCCGUGCAGGACCGUCUUCGUGAAUGGCAUCCAGUCGUGCGAAACAGAUUGAUUCGUCACUCCUGCAUGAUCAUUGCUUCCUUGGAUAUCGACGGUUUCCGAUACGAUAAGGCUACUCAAUCAACCGUGGAUGCGCUCGGAGACAUGUCUUCCGCCUACCGUGAAUGCGCUCGCGCUGUGGGCAAGGAGAACUUCUUCAUUGCGGGUGAAAUCACGGGUGGUAACACUUUUGGAUCUAUCUAUCUUGGCCGUGGCAGACAGCCCAACCAGUUUCCUCCCGAUGCCGUCACCGCCAUGAAGCUGACCAACGAGUCCGAUUCCCAGUACUUCCUUCGUGAUGUUGGCCAGGAAGCAAUCGACGGUGCCGCCUUCCAUUACUCCACGUACCGUGCCCUGACCCGGUUCCUGGGCAUGGAUGGUCAGCUUUCCGCCGGUUACGACGUACCUGUUGACUGGGUCGAUGCUUGGAAUGAAAUGCUGCAGACGAAUGACCUGGUCAACGCGAAUACUGGAAAGUUUGACCCCCGACACAUGUAUGGCGCUACCAACCAGGAUGUUUUCCGUUGGCCGGCCAUCCAGUAUGGUGUUGAACGUCAGCUGCUUGGAUCCUAUAUCACUACGUUGCUUCUUCCUGGAAUUCCCCUUGUUCUCUGGGGCGAAGAGCAGGCCUUUUACGUCCUGGACGCGACUGCAGAGAAUUAUAUCUAUGGUCGUCAAUCGAUGUCUGCUGCUACCGCUUGGCAAAUGCACGGUUGUUUCGCCUUGAAUUCAUCUCAAUACUACCAUUGGCCCGUCGAGAACGCUCGCAAUGGCUGUCACGACCCGACAGUAUCCUACGAUCACCGCGAUCCUUCUCACCCAGUGCGCAACAUCAUGAAGCACAUGUUUCAACUGCGCGAACAGUUCCCUGUUUUGAACGAUGGCUACACCAUUCAGAGGCUGUCGAACUCCACCGAAAACGUAUACUACCCGGGUUCAGCCGACGUCCCCACCGAGACUGGCAUGUGGUCUGUUGUCCGCAAUGUCAACAUCGAUGUGCAAGAUCUGGGCUCUGACUCUGCCAACCAACCCGUUUGGUUGGUCUACCAGAACACAAAUCGAACAAUUGAUUACACAUUCGACUGCACCUCCAAGGACACCUCCAUCGCCCUGAUAUCUCCAUUCGAUGCAGGAACAAAGGUCAAGAAUCUCUUCCAUCCUCAUGACGAGUUCACGUUGGAGACUAGCGCCCUGAAGCUUGGAUUGAACGGAUCUUCCGAAUACAAUGGUUGCUACCCCAAAAUGUCUCUUGGUGCCUACGAAUUCCGUGCCUACGUCCCCAUAGAGCAGUUCAAAUCACCCAGGCCCAUGCUCACUGCGUUUAGCCCCGGUCACGAUGCUCCUAUCCGCUCCACCGUGGCACCUGACCAGUCGGAAGACGUGCACAUUGAGUUGUAUUUCUCACAAGAGAUGGAUUGCGAUUCUAUCACCAGCGGCAUCUAUCUGAACUCGUCGACGGAAGCUGGCCAGACGGCGAAACUUGAUACGAAAACAGCCAAAUGCAAGACAAUUCCUGCCACGAAUACCACGUACACUGGCCAAAUCCCAAGCGUUUACAUGUGGGCUGCGAACUUGACCGGCGUUUACAACGGUGUUCACCGGUUGACUCUAAACAACGCGACCAAUAUCAAUGGAACUGCGUCCACUGAAGCGGUCGACCACCUCCUGUUCCGCAUUGGUCAGAUUGAUAACCCCAUGGUUUUCCCCACUGCCAACUACUCUUCUAGUUUGCUUCACAAGGAACCGGGCAACGAGACUCUUUUUAUUCAGCACCACGCUGCUGGCGCCGAUAUGUACCGCUAUUCCACCAACUGGGGCACGACCUUCUCUGAGUGGAUGACCUACAAGGGUGGUAACAAUACUAUUGAGACGCUUCCUUGGUCCGGUACGAAGAAGCAAGCUUGGGAUGGUGACCAUGUGCGCGUUGAGUACUGGAGUCGCUGGACUGGAAGCAGUGACUAUGUCCAACAAGGUGAUACCAACUGGAAAUCUGGAGUUACUCGUCGCUUCCCUCAUGCUUUCUUCAACGGACCUUACAACGAGUAUGGCUAUGACAGUGGACUCGACAAUACAAUCAGGCUCGACGAAGACAGUGGAUACUGGAAGUACCAUUUCACAUCUGAAUGGCCCGCUGUUGGACAGCUCAACAUUUGGGGUGUCAACCCCGAUGGCACACCCGAUCAGAGUUGGGUACUUGGUGAUGCAGAUGGAGACAGUAUCUUAGAUCGUAUGCCUCCUUCAUCUCUCACAAGUACAGUCAUCAACAUCACCAAAUCUCCACCCUCGCCGUACGUGGCCUGGGAGCUCUACAUCAACGAUGCUACCCAGCGCUACGAUCUGUUUCCCGUUGGUUCUCAACACUCGCAGAUUGUCAUGUUCAUCCUCUUUUGGCUUAUUCCCGGUAUCACGGGUGCAGCCUGUGUGUGGAUCUUCAUGAAGUCCUUCUACAAGGUCAAGUUCAAUGAGAACGGUGCCACUGAAAAGUCUCGUUCUCUGUUGACUCCGAUGGUGUUCUUGAAAAAGCUGAAGCCCUCGCGCUCUACCGAGAAAAGCGAUUAUGUCAAUCCCCUCAUGCGUCUCGCGAACAAGUCCGGUUUCAUGCAGAGCACCACUGCCCUCGCUGGAGCUGCAGGAAAUGGGAAGCGUCGUAUGGUCCUCAUCGCCACCAUGGAGUACGAUAUCGAGGACUGGGCUAUCAAGAUCAAAAUUGGUGGUCUUGGUGUCAUGGCUCAGCUCAUGGGUAAGACGCUUGGCCACCAGGACUUGAUCUGGGUCGUUCCUUGCGUUGGUGGUGUCGACUACCCUGUCGAUCAACCAGCAGAUCCCAUGACUGUGACCAUUCUGGGCAGCGAAUACCAAGUCCAGGUUCAGUACCACGUCUUGAAGAACAUCACCUACGUUCUACUCGAUGCUCCUGUUUUCCGCCAGCAAUCGAAAUCCGAACCUUACCCGCCACGCAUGGAUGACUUGGACAGCGCGGUCUACUAUUCUGCCUGGAAUCAGUGCAUUGCUCAGGCAAUCAAGCGCUUCCCUAUUGACCUCUACCACAUUAACGAUUAUCACGGAUCCGUCGCUCCUCUUUAUCUCCUGCCGGAGACUAUUCCUGCUUGUCUUUCUCUUCACAACGCUGAGUUCCAGGGUCUUUGGCCAAUGCGCACUCAGAAAGAACGUCGCGAGGUCUGCGAGGUUUUCAAUCUCGAUGAAGAUAUUGCGCGUCGCUACGUCCAGUUCGGUGAGGUCUUUAACUUGCUCCACGCAGGUGCGAGCUACCUUCGCGUUCAGCAACAAGGUUUCGGUGCUGUUGGUGUGUCCAAGAAGUACGGCAAGCGUUCUUACGCUCGUUAUCCUAUCUUCUGGGGUCUGCGCAAGGUCGGUAACCUGCCUAACCCCGAUCCUUCUGAUGUCGGAGAAUGGACGAAGCAACCUAUCAAGGAUGAGGAUAUUACCGUGGACCCCGAUUACGAGGCUGGUCGUGGCGAGCUCAAGCGACAGGCUCAGGAGUGGGCAGGUCUUGAGCAAAACCCUGAUGCCGAUCUUCUGGUGUUCGUCGGUCGCUGGUCGAUGCAGAAGGGCGUCGAUCUCAUUGCUGAUGCUCUUCCCGCUGUUCUUGAGGCUCGCCCCAACGUGCAAGUCAUUUGUAUUGGCCCCGUCAUUGAUCUCUACGGAAAGUUCGCCGCUCUCAAGCUUGGUCGUAUGAUGGAAGUCUACCCUGGCCGUGUCUUCUCCAAGCCCGAGUUCACUGCUCUCCCUCCAUUCAUUUUCUCUGGUGCUGAAUUCGCCCUGAUCCCCUCUCGUGAUGAGCCUUUCGGUCUUGUUGCAGUGGAGUUCGGUCGAAAAGGUGCCCUUGGUAUCGGUGCUCGUGUUGGUGGUCUUGGUCAGAUGCCCGGUUGGUGGUAUAACGUGGAAUCGACCUCGACUAAGCAUCUGCUGGUCCAAUUUAAGUUGGCUAUCGAGGCUGCGCUUAACUCCAAGGUUGAAACCCGUGCUAUGAUGCGCGCCAGAUCCGCGAAGCAACGCUUCCCUGUCGCUCAGUGGGUUGAGGAUCUCGAGAUCCUCCAAUCUACUGCCAUAGAGGUCCACAACAAGGAGGUUGCAAAGGGUCACGGUCGUCCUCUCACUUCAUCUGGUCUACCUGGUUCGGGAACUAGCACGCCCACUGGAGCUUUCAGAUCACAGCAACCUAUGGCUCUUGGCCCUUUGUCCCCACCUUCCAACGCCACCUUCCCUCAUUCCAGAGAUAGCAGCUACUCGAGCUUCAAUCAGAUCAGCGAUCUGGGUGGAAACAAGAGAGCAAAUGUCUAUAGCCGUGAUAUCAGCCCUUCAGAGACCGAAAAGCCCAAGUCCAGCCUCAGUCGUUCCCUCUCUCUGGGUGUUCGCUCAGGUCCCGGUCACCAGGCUCGUCGUGGCCGUCGCAACAUGCCAGAGGGCGAUCUUUCGGAGGCCGAGAACGAAGACAGCAGUGACGAAGACAGAGCUCACAGCAUCUAUGGGGAUGAUGAGUACACACUUACUCCCGCCGAGGUCGAAGAGGGCCGUCGCGCGCAAGCUGCUCAAAGCCAGAGACAGGUCUCUGGAUUACACUCCCCCACUCGUCGCAUGACUGGAGCCGACCAGCUUCUACUCUCUCCUCAGCCCUUCGCUCAGUCUAACCGAUUCAGUAACGCAUCUGUCCUCUCUCUUGACUCCGUUGUUGGAAACAAGAAGGAUUUCAAGCUACAAAAGGUCGAUCCAUUCUUCACUGAUGGCACGGGUGAAUACUACCACAACUUCGAAGAGAAGUUGCAGGGUUUGAAUGGCUCUAACUCGGAAAGUGAGCUCUGCAUUGAAGAAUUCCUGGUCAAGAGUGAGCAGGAGUGGUUCGAUCGCUUCCGCAACGCCAAACUUGGUCGUGGUAGCCACAACCCCAGGUCCCCAACACCCUCAAUUUUCCGUUCAAAGCAUAGUGCAUCGCCCGCUGGCGAGUAUGAAGAAGGCCUCUCUCACAUUGCUUUCACUGAGAGCAAUGACAGUGAAGAUGACGAGUUCCUUCUUGGAAAGGAUUAUGUCCCUCCCACCGGUCUCAGAAAGUGGAUGCAGAUCAAGAUCGGUGACUGGCCUGUCUAUUCAAUCUUCCUGGCUUUGGGUCAAAUCAUUGCCGCCAAUUCAUACCAGAUCACAUUACUUACCGGCGAAGUUGGUGAAACCGCGGAGAAGCUCUAUGGUAUCGCUACUACCUAUGCCAUUACCUCUGUACUUUGGUGGAUGUGUUACCGCUACUUCAAGUCUGUCGUCUGUCUCUCAGCUCCCUGGUUCCUCUAUGGUCUGGCAUUCCUCCUGAUUGGUUCCGCUCAUUGGGAUGGCAACACCUUCAACCGGGGAUGGAUCCAGAAUAUUGGAUCUGGAUGUUAUGCCGCCGCUUCUUCGAGUGGGUCUAUCUUCUUCGCCUCCAACUUCGGUGAUGAAGGUGGUGCCCCUGUCGAAACUUGGAUCUUCCGUGCCUGCGUUAUUCAAGGUGUUCAACAGGCUUAUGUUAUCGCUCUCUGGUACUGGGGUUCGACCCUGACCAAGGCUAACAGCCAAGGCCUGCUGAACUCUGACACAGCCAUCUCAAACACUUGGAAGAUGUCGGCUAUUUGUUAUCCGAUCGCGAUCUUCAUCUGGGGUAUUGGUCUGCUGCUGCUCUUUGGUCUGCCCAAGUACUACCGCCAGAAGCCUGGCAAGGUGCCUUCCUUCUACAAGUCUCUGUUCCGCAGAAAAAUUGUCCUUUGGAACUUUGUCGCCGUCAUCUUGCAGAAUUUCUUCCUCAGUGCUCCCUACGGUCGCAACUGGAGUUUCCUGUGGACCACAUCUCACGCCACCGCCUGGGAGAUCGUCAUCCUGUGCAUUGUCUUCUUUGGCAUCGUGUGGUGUGUCUUCCUUUUCAUCAUCAGCAAGUUUUCCAAGCGCCACAGUUGGUUCCUUCCUGUUUUCGCCUGUGGUUUGGGUGCACCUCGCUUCAUUCAGAUCUGGUGGGCUGUCUCUGGCAUCGGCUACCACCUGCCUUGGGUGGCAGGCGGGUACACGGGAGCAGCCCUCGCUUCCCGCAGUCUUUGGCUGUGGCUCGGAGUGUUAGACUCCAUCCAGGGUCUUGGAUUCGGUGUUAUCCUUCUGCAAACCUUGACACGUGUGCAUAUGUGCUUUGCACUCAUUGCAUCACAAGUGCUUGGAUCCAUCGCGACUAUUUGCGCACGAGCUUUUGGCCCUAAUGCUACAGGCCCUGGGCCAGUCAGUCCAGAUAUGACCAAGGGAGCUGGGGAGUUGGCGAACGCCUGGUUCUGGGUCGCUUUGCUGUGCCAGAUCCUUAUAUGUGCUGGAUUCUUGCUGUUCUUCCGGAAAGAGCAGCUUUCCAAGCCUUAA